UAACAAGACCUCGCAUGCCCGCAAUUGUGAAGCGGAGAUAACAUGUUCGACUAUGAUUUGCUCAUGGCAUAAAUCCCGGUGUAACCCCUGGCCUAUUUUUGAGUCGAAGAAUUUUCGAUUUCUUUUCUCGUUUCACUCAGAUUCCACGGACAAGUAUCACUGCAGAUAUUUAGUACUUACUUUCACUACGUAGUAGUACUAUCACAACACCAUGGCAGACCUUAUGGAAUCCAGGAGUCACACCGAAGUCGACCUCGAGAGCUUAGAAAAUAAAGAGGCACAAAGGGAUAAUGACGAGCCAGAAAAAUCGAAUGUUACCUCCACCGCUACUGCUGCACCGGCGGCUCGUGCUGCUCCGGAACAACCUGAAGGUGGUACAAAGGCAUGGUUAUCUGUUCUAGGAGCAUCUGCUGCGCUAUUCACUUCCUUUGGAUGGACGAAUUGUAUCGGCUUGUUUCAAGAUGAGUAUCAGACGCAUCAGCUUAAGCAGUACUCGAGUUCGACUGUUUCGUGGAUUACAUCGGUACAAUUCUUCUUUAUGCUGGGCAUGGCUCCAGUAGCGGGCAAGAUAUUCGAUAGUUACGGUCCCCGCGUUCCUGUCCUAAUUGGAUCGAUCUUGCACGUCUUUGGAAUUAUGAUGACCAGUCUGUGCAAGGAAUACUACCAAUUCUUCCUCAGUCAGUCUGUGGUAUCUGGUAUCGGCGCAAGCUUUAUUUUUACUCCGGCACUUUCAGCGCCGCAGACAUACUUCCGUAAACGACGUGGUGUGGCCGCCGGCCUGACUGUAGCAGGUUCUUCUUUGGGCGGUGUAAUUUUCCCUCUUAUGGUGCAACAUCUCCUCCCCGAGGUUGGGUUCGGAUGGACCAUGCGAAUCUGCGGCUUUUUGAUUCUGGGGAUGCUUGUGAUUGCAAAUCUUUUCAUCAGUUCGGCCCUCGCACACAAGCAUCGUCCGUUUCACAUUAUGCAAUAUAUUGCGCCGUUGCGAGAGCUUAACUUUGCGAUCCUGUGUGUUUCGGAGUUCUUCAUGUUCUUGGCCAUGCUCAUCCCUUUUGAUUACAUCGUGACUGCCGCCAUCACAUAUCGUAUGAGCUCGUAUAUGGCAUGGGGUCUCGUUCCAAUUCUGAACGGCGCAAGUCUUCUCGGCCGUACACUUCCCAACUACAUUGCAGACAAAUACGGCCGUUUCAACGUCAUGACCAUGAUGUCCCUAAUGUCUACAGUCCUUACACUCGCCCUCUGGCUCCCUGGCCACAAUAACGCCGCCAUGAUCUGUUUCGCCGCAUUUUUUGGCUUCAGCUCUGGUGGUGUCAUUGGUCUCGGACCCAGCUUGAUUGGUACCAUCUCCCCCAUGAACGAGCUCGGAUUUAGGAUGGGUGUCUUUAUGGCUUUCACCUCCAUAGGUGCUCUCGUUGGACCUCCCGUGGCCGGUGCCAUUAUCUCUGCGGAUAACGGUAGUUAUGUCUUUGUUGCGCUGUUUGCCGGUCUAUGUUUUGCGAUUGCGACAAUUGGCAUGGCGUUUGUAAGGGUCAGAUUGGCUGGUCCUGGUCUUACUGCGAAGAUUUGA